AUGCCAGGCAUUCUGCCCAUGAAGGUCAUCAAGGUGGGCAACAGCGCUCAAAGCCGUAUUGCCCAGGCCUGCGACCGUUGCCGCAGCAAGAAAAUUCGUUGUGAUGGCGUCCGUCCGACUUGUUCGCAGUGUGCCAAUGUUGGUUUUGAAUGCCGCACCAGCGACAAGCUGAGUCGCCGUGCUUUCCCCCGCGGAUACACAGAAUCUUUGGAGGAGCGAGUUCGGCAAUUGGAAACCGAGGUUAGGGAGCUCAAAGACCUCUUGGACGAGAAGGACGAAAAGAUAGAUAUGCUCUCCGCCGUGCAUGGCAACCACCACCACCACCACCGCCGCCGCCAAGCGUCACUCUCGUCUGCCAUCCGCACAGUACCUUCGCCCGACGCGUCCAAGGACAGUCCGGCAUCUAAUGCCAAGGGGGAUACAUUCCGCGUGCAAGGCUCGCCGUUGCUUUUUGGCGUCGAAAAUUCAGAUUCCUACUUCAUGGGCCCGUCCAGUGGUCGUUCGUUCAUCACCUCCUUCAAGCAAAAACUUCGACAGAGCGGGAAAUCGUGCAAUGAAUUCAACCCAGAAGCCUUUCUGCAUGUUCAAGGAUGCGCGCCAUUGACGCAAGAGGAACCCAGCCCGGCCUCCCGUCUGCCUCCUCGCAUCUUUUCUGAUCGGUGUGUCAAUGUCUACUUCCAAGAGUGGGCUCCGCUAUUUCCAGUUUUGCACAAACCGACCUUUCUUCGCAUAUACGAAGAGUUCGUGGCCGAUCCCGAAAAGCUCAAAUGCCACCACAAAAUGGCCCAGCUGCAUCUUGUUUUCAGCAUUGCUGGAGUUUCAUCUGAACACCCCGACUCCUCACUACUGGCCGCCUGUGAGAAGCAAUGGACCAAAGCGAUCGAAUCCGUGGUUCUGGAGAACACCAUGGGCACGCUCCAGUGCUUUAUUCUUGCGCUCUUGUACUGCGCCAUCAGGGCAGAUAAUAAACGCGUCCAGCACUUCAAGGGCCUGGCUGUUGGGCUCUCGCACCGAUUGGGGUUGCAUCAGAACCAGAAGCGGUUUUCUUUCGGCGCUCUGACUCUGGAGACGAGGAAAAAAGUGUUUUGGUCUCUUUAUACACUCGACUGUUUUACUGCUGCUACUCUUGGGUUGCCAAAAAUGCUCAAGGAGGUUGAUGUCCACACCGAGUAUCCAUCCGAUACAGAUGAUGAGUACAUAACGGAGAAGGGGUUUCAACCGACAUUGCCGGGAGAGCAUACCCGACUUUCCAGCGCCUUGGCUCUAUUUCGGGCGACCCGUAUCAUGGCGGCAGUUUUGGAAAAGAACUAUCCUGCCGUGGCUAACCACGAGCUCUCUUUGCAACAAAUGGCUACCCUGGAUGCGGACCUUGAUGCUUGGUACGACGACUUACCAGCGCAUCUACGACUGAACUUCUCUCAGGAUAAGCCAUCAACGGACGUGACUGGAAGCAGAUCUCCCAUUCUGGCGUUGGCAUACUAUUAUAUCCGAACCCUGAUCUAUCGUCCCGCUGUUGGCUCCAGUCUUGGUCCGAAGGCCGCACCGGCCAUGAUUUCCAUUGCGGAUUCCAGCAAGCGAAUCAUUCAAAUUAUCCAGCUGCUCGAGGAGAGAAACAUGAGCUUUUCGUUCUGUCUCAAUAAAUUUGACCUUCUGGCUCUCUGCGGCCUGACGCUUCUCUACCAGGUCGUCGACCUGAAGGCGGAUAGCAAAUUGAGCCGCGACAUUGAGAAACUGGUCAACUUUGCAAUCAAAUCGAUGAAUCACGCCAAGGCGCCAGGAUGCAUCGACCUAGCCCGGAUCGCAGGUAAUUUUAUUCGCGUUGACGAACAUCCAAGCCCUCUUCCACCCCUAGCAACAAUGGCGCCGUCAUCACAGCGUUCAUCAUCCGAAGGCUCCAAGAAGAAGCCAGACCUUGAAGAAGAGCAUGGCGGAAAGUGCCGCAUGGCCGUGGCCGACGUGCAUGUUGCGGAGCCCGACUUCUACCCUCGAUUGCGGCAGUCUCUGGAUGGUGCCACCUCUUCUGAGACAUGGAGAAACCACCAAGGCCGCCGCUUGUCAUUAUCACAGCCGAGCAGCGUCAGCAAUAACGUUCCGAUAUCCCGCGUCAUUCCCAAUCUUGAUUACUUGUCUCUAAACAACACUCCGUCUCACACUGGUCCGUCUUCACAGGGUGGGAAAUACCACAUGCAGGCGUCGGGAUUGCCAGCGUCGCCCUCUAGCCAGCUGACGGGUAGUGCCGACCCUGCGGCAAAGAUGGCGGUCGUAUGCAACUCUGAAUGGGAGGCACUCCUCGGAUCAAUGGACAACAAUGUCUACGACGCCAUCUAUGGUGGAGCAAGUCUCCCUAGCGAGGCAAUGCCUGCGAACCCGAACAGUGCUGGUUGGUCGCCAGACUCUUGGGACAUGAACAGCACCGACGUUGGUGAUUCUGGACGGAAUCCGCAGCCUCCACAAAGUGUGCUGAGCAUGAGUGACGACAGCUUGAGCUCGGGCGAAGAAGUUGCGCCGUCAGAGUUGGGCCUGAGCGUGGGAAGCGCAGAAUUCAAUGAAUUGCACAUGCCAGCAGCUUUUGCCUUUGACCUUGAGAGUUUUUCUGUGUGA